AUGGAACGCUUCAUGGAAGACGCGCUGCAACAAGCACGGGCGGCAAACGAUCUCAACGAAGUUCCGGUAGGGUGUGUUUUCGUUUACGAUGGCAGCAAUAGUAGCGGAGAAAUCAUUGCCCGUGGAUGUAAUUUAGUAAACGAAAGUAAGAAUGCUACCCGCCACGUGGAGUUCAUUUGCAUCGAUCAGACACUGGAAUACGCUCGGCAGUACGCUAUAGAACCGCCCGAAAGUAUCUUCUCAGCCAUCACCGUAGUAGUGACCGUGGAACCAUGCAUUAUGUGCGCAGCGGCGUUGAUCAAUCUUGGUGUACGGGAGAUCAUUUACGGCUGUCGCAAUGAUCGGUUCGGUGGAUCGACUGUAGUGGACGUGUGGACCUUGUUAAAUUCUAGCAUUCCGAUCCGCGGAAAUGUUCGAGGCGAGGAAGCGAUGGAGCUGCUGAAGGAGUUCUACAAAGGAGAAAACCCAUCCGCACCUGUACCAAAGUCAAGGGCCAACCAAGGUGGAUGUAAAACAUGAACAGGAAUUUGCCAGAAUGAUUGAUUUCCAUUGAACUCGGUUUCACAAAACUAACAUGUAUAAGUAUAUGCGUUUUUAAGAACCUUCUACCACUUCGUAUGAACAAAUGACGUUGAUUCUCUUGGACUAAAUGUAUGUAGAAGACAGUAAUGAAAAAACAAAAUUAUAGUAUUUCUUCUGUUUAUUUUGUAUUACUUGCAGCAAGCAUCGUACACUUACAGCAAAUGUGUUUCAAUCGAGCAGACCAUUUCCACCAUUGCCUUUUAACUCUUCAUCUUAAAAAUUGCAUGGCGACUUGUGAUAUCACUGGAUACGAUCCUACGAUCUUCCUACUUUUGGAUGCGAUAAACAUAGCGAAAGGAUC